AUGACUCGUCGAGCGGAGAAGGAUCAGAAAAAAAUUUUAUUGGAGGUCGAGGCCCAUGUUAAGGCCUUAAAGACUCUUGAAUAUGAGGUUUAUAGUUUGAAGAAGAUGUUACAUACUUUAGUCCAAUUCACUAUGCAAGGUGUGUUUGAGGUCUGCGAUAAGGGACACAAUCAUGCAAGACAUGUGUUUGAGUCGUAUCAAAUAUGCAAAAGGCAUUUACUCUAUAUCGGACAUGCAGAACUUCGGGUAAAACAAUGGUGCUCGGAGGACAUUGACCAUAAACCACCUCUCUCGGGCUCCAGUCCUGGUGGAAGCAAUUGUAUUGGCUGGGUGACUCGAGGUUGUAGUUUGUUGAGACCUCUGGAUCUUCGACCGACUCUAUUUCUUGAUGCCCCGCCCCGGGGUCACGUGGAAGAGGUAUUUUACCAGAAGGUUGUCAUCGAGAACAAUUGUUCUCCUGACCUAAGUGAUGGAGAAAAAUGA